CAAUAUUGAGAACUGAACUGAUCAGACAUUAUUAAUUACAACUGUACAAACAAGUUUUUAUAAUAAUUCUAUUCAAGUUGUUAUUUUAUUUUAGAUCCACAUAAACGAAAUAUACAAAAAUACAUCAAAAUGGUGUCGGGAACAAUGGCUUGUGUUAAAUAUUUAUUAUUUUGUUUUAAUUUACUGUUUGUGAUAUCUGGAAUAGCAAUUCUAUCAGUUGGUGCCAUUAUUGAAGCCGCAUAUUCUAAAUAUGGUGACUUUGUGGAUGCAAGUUUAUCGAAACCGGCAUUAAUAUUAAUUAUUGUUGGUGUCAUUGUUUUGGUGGUUGCAUUUUGUGGAUGUUGUGGAGCUGUUCGGGAAAAUCAAUGUAUGAUUAGAACAUUUGCAGUAUUUCUAAUCGUAAUAUUUGCAUUGGAGUUAGCGGCUGGUAUCGCUGGAUAUUUACGAAAGAAUGAUGUUGAAUCAAUGUUGGAACGAAAAUUCAAUGAGACAAUGGCUGACUAUGAAAAUAAUACCGAAAUUCAAGAAUCAUGGAACGUACUUCAACACGAUUUUGCAUGCUGCGGUAUAAGUGGUCCAGAAGAUUGGAAUAAAGUGUUCCCAAACAAGACUGAAUUACCAUUCACAUGUUGCCGUGAUAUGCCACGAAAUAGCUCCGAAAAAUGUACAAUUAAUUAUCCAACUAUUGUUAAAGAUGGAUGUUUUGAACAUUUAAAAUCAUUGGUCAUCACAAAUGCAUACACUCUUGGCGGCGUUGGAAUUGGAAUUGCUCUGUUGCAAUUGAUUGGUGUUGUAUGCGCAUGCUCUCUAGCACAUUCUAUUAGUCGUGAAUAUGAAACUGUUUAGAGAGUGGGAAAGAGAGGACAGACGGAAGAAAGGAUACGGAAAUAAAGUAAAUCAUAUCAUCACAUUUUAAAAAUAAUCAAAUCGAUUUAAAUUUAAGAACGCAUUUUGAUUUUAUACUCUUUUUUAAAAAACGAUGAAACUUAUCUGAUAAGUCAAAAAUUAUAAUAACAUUAAAAUUUAGUAAUUUUUACUAAUUAUAAUAAUACCCUUUCAGUGCUGUAAAUUAUCCUUUCAAAUUGGUUGAGUUCUUUUAUUCGAAACGGAAUUUUUCCUCCUAUCCAUGCCUUGUUACAGGACUGAUUCCUCUUAUAGGUCUGGAGCCAGAUAGUAUUUGAUAAUCAUUUUAAAACUGCUAGAAAUUUAAAAUGUUAUUUUUAAGGUAUUUUUCCUAUUUGCAAAUUUUAUGAGCCAUGAUUUUUCCUUCAUUAUGUCGAAUAUUGCGAUGAGUAUUCAUUGAAUCAUUCAUUGGGGUUGAAUUUUCUAUACAUCCCCGAAAUAGAUAUUCUUUUGGAAAAUUUUGGUAUUUUAAAAAGACGUUCGAUGCAAUCCUUCAUUUUGAAAUAUCUGCUAAAUAAUGCGUGGCUCUAGACCAAUUAUUAAAAAAAGGCUGUUUUAUCAAAUAUUUGUAAUUGCAAUUUUAAAUGUGUAGAAUCUCAUAGAAUGUUCGAUUAAUAAAAGGGGUAGUUUUAAUCAAAAAGUUGCCCAAAAGUAA